AUUUGCUUUUUUCGUUUAAUCUCAUUAAUAUCAAAUGAAUUGGCUUCUGAACAAAUAAAAAAAAAAUAUUGCAAAAACAAAUAACAUAACUCUUCAUAAAAUGACUUAACUCAAAACAAUAUCUGUCCAUUAAAAAAUAAAUGUAUGUUAUGUGGAAAAAGUGUUCAAAUUAAAAUAUUUCAAACAGAAAGCUUGUAACAACAACAAGUGAAAGCCGGUUGAUUAAAAAUAAACGACUGAAAAAAACCUUCAACACAAUUUUUACUCAAAACCUGCCUUCGAAAAGUGAAAAACUCGGAAAAGCACAGCGGCACACAUAUAAUGACCUGGAUCUCGUCAGCAGCUGGUCAAGUGCUGUCGCAUGUUGAUUAUAAACGGAAACGAUAAUCGCAAAAGAAAAGGCAUUAACUAAGACCUGAGCAAUAAACAACUUGCCACCAGAAACAAAGGCCCAUAAAAUAAACGAAAACAUAUAAAGAACAAAAAAGCGAAAACGACGACCUGCCCUAAACGUAUUAAAAAAGGCAGAAAAAGUAAAACAAAAAAAUUGCUGUGGUCGAUUACAUGAAAAGCAGUAACCGGCAGCGUUAAACAAAACGCCAGUGGUGGCAAUAAUUUUCGGCAAAUAAGGACACAUAUACAAUUGCAACACACACACGCGAGUAUAUUGUCAACAUCGCGCGUCACCGGGGAAAUCUAAAAGCAUAGGGGAGAGGUGCCAAAAUGUCGUCGUGGCGGUGUUGCGGCAGUGCCCCCAACAGGGCAGCCAUAAAACUGCUCAUUAUCGCGCUCGCCUAUCUGCCACAUGCCAUCGAUGCGAAUGAAUCACUCGACACACGUGAAGGUGUUGAUUUGGUGUUGAAAUGCCGCUUCACCGAGCACUACGAUGCCAAGGAUUUCAGCUUUUACUGGGCGCGCUGGAAUUGCUGUCCGACGCAAUUUGAGAAUGUGGCCAUCGGCGAUGUGCAGCUGAACAUGAAUUACAGAGUGGAUUUUCGUCCAGGUCGUGGGAUUUAUGACUUGCAAAUAAAAAACACCUCAUACAAUCGCGAUAAUGGCCGCUUCGAGUGUCGGAUCAAGGCCAAAGGCACCGGUGCCGAUGUACAUCAGGAAUUUUACAAUUUGACAGUUUUGACACCGCCACAUCCGCCAAUGAUAACGCCGGGCAACAUAGCCAUUGCCACCGAGGAUAAACCGUUAGAAUUGACUUGCAGCAGUGUGGGUGGCUCACCGGAUCCGACGAUAACUUGGUUUCGCGAGGGCAGCAGCGUACCGUUACAAUCGUACAUACUGAAAGGCGGCUCCAAAAAUCAUUACACCAAUGCAACAUUACAAAUACUGCCAAGACGCGCUGACGAUGGCGCCAAAUAUAAAUGCGUCGUUUGGAAUCGUGCCAUCUCCGAGGGUCAUAAGCUGGAGACAACUGUCACGCUGAAUGUGAACUUUUAUCCACGCGUCGAGGUGGGACCACAAAAUCCGUUGCGCAUCGAACGUGAUCACAUCGCCAAAUUGGAAUGCAAUGUCGAUGCAAAACCCAAAGUCUCCAAUGUACGUUGGUCACGCAACGGGCAAUAUGUUAGUGCCACGCCCACGCACACUAUCUAUCGCGUGGGGCGCCAUCAUGCGGGCAAAUAUACUUGCAACGCGGACAAUGGGCUGGGCAAAUCAGGCGAGAAGGACAUAAUACUUGAUGUGCUCUUCCCACCCAUAGUCGUUAUCGAAUCGAAGACACACGAGGCCGAGGAGGGCGAAACAGUUAUGGUGCGUUGUAAUGUCACCGCCAACCCGCCACCCAUUACCAUCGAAUGGUUGAAGGAGGGAGCGCCGGAUUUUCGCUUCACUGGCGAACUGCUCACUUUGGUAACUGUGCGCGCCGAACACGCCGGCAACUACAUUUGCCGUGCUGUCAAUCUGAUGAACCCCUACAACUCGAAACGUGUAGAAGGUGUUGGCAACUCCACGGUGGCGCUGUUGGUGCGACACCGACCCGGGCAAGCCUACAUAACACCGAAUAAACCGAUUGUGCAUGUGGGCAACGGUGUUACGCUCAGUUGCUCGGCUAAUCCGCCCGGUUGGCCAGUGCCACAGUAUCGCUGGUUUCGUGAUGUGGAUGGUGAGUUUAGUAAUACACAAAAGAUUUUGGCGCAAGGACCACAAUACUCCAUACCGAAGGCGCAUCUCGGUAGCGAAGGCAAGUAUCAUUGUCAUGCCGUUAAUGAGUUGGGUAUUGGUAAGAUGGCUACGAUUAUACUCGAAGUGCACCAGCCACCACAAUUUCUGGCCAAACUACAACAACACAUGACACGACGUGUGGGCGAUGUCGAUUAUGCGGUCACUUGCAGCGCCAAGGGUAAACCUACGCCCAUUAUACGUUGGAUCAAGGACGGUACCGAGGUACUGCCAGGUCGUAAGAUGUAUGAUAUACGCACAACGCCCACCGAAGGUCAAGGUGGCGUCGUAACAGUGCAAAGCAUACUGAAGUUCCGCGGCAAAGGGCGGCCGAAUGGCAAUCAGUUGGUGCCUGGUGAUCGUGGACUCUACACUUGUCUCUACGAGAAUGAGGUGAACUCGGCCAACUCGAGCAUGCAUUUACGCAUCGAGCACGAGCCGAUUGUUUUGCAUCAGUAUAAUAAGGUGGCUUACGAUGUGCGCGAGUCGGCGGAGGUUAUGUGCAAGGUGCAAGCAUAUCCAAAGCCAGAAUUCCAAUGGCAAUUUGCAAAUAAUCCUUCGCCGCUUACAAUGUCUUCGGAUGGUCAUUAUGAAAUUGCAAUACGCACGGAUAAUAAUGAUGUCUAUACCUCGAUAUUGCGCAUAAACCAUAUCUCGCAUUCCGAUUAUGGCGACUACACUUGUCGUGCUGUCAAUCCACUCGACACAAUACGCACGCAGAUUAGACUGCAACCCAAGGGUGCACCGGAGCGGCCCACCGCGCUCAAAGUAAUGGAAAUAUCGCACAAUUAUGCCAUACUCAGCUGGAUACCGGGCUUCAAUGGCGGCUUGUUGAGCACAAAAUUCCUUGUCACUUAUCGUCGCGUGGCAACACCGCGCGAACAAACGCUUUCCGACUGCGCCACACACACCUACACCACAUCCAUUGUGAGCAGUAGCAGCAGCAGUAGCGCUGCUGCGAGCUUUACGUCUGGCAGUAGCGCUGGCUCAGCAGAUUGGUUAGAGUUCGAUUGCUAUCGUGAGAAUCCCUGUAAAGUGAUGCCGUUGGAUCAGUAUCAAAGUUAUAUGUUUCGUGUGUAUGCGCUGAAUUCGAAAGGCAGUUCGGGCUACUCCAACGAAGUGUUGGCCACCACAAAAGUCAGUAAAAUUCCGCCACCCCUGCAUGUCACCUAUGAUCCCAACUCGCAUGUUCUGGGUAUCAAUGUGGCGGCGACAUGUCUGUCAUUAAUUGCAAUAGUCGAAUCAUUGGUGAAUCGCGAAACGCCAAUGGCCACAUGGGAGAUUGUGGAUACAGUGACAUUACUCCCAUCCGGCAGUGAGGCCACAUUCAAAGAGGCAGUAAUUAAUCACAUUCCACAAACGACACAUUACAGCGCAUCGGGCCGUACACUGGGCCAUGCUGAGGACAUAACGUUGGCGCUGGCGGAGACGGCACAGGGACCGACGGUGCGUGUGAAAUUGUGCCUACGCACCAAUCACGACCAUUGCGGACAGUAUGCGAAUGCGGAAAUUGGCAAAUCAUAUAUGCCUGAGACAUCAACGCUAACGACAUCCGCUGUAAUAGCCAUAAUCGUCUCGUCCAUUGCAUUCCUACUGCUCGUCGGACUCUUAUUGCUCUUUUGUCACUGCCGACGCGUGGCAUCCAACAAGAAGAAGACCAACACUAGCUCACCGGCCAAAGAAUACGACCUCGACUCGGGUCGUCCAUCUAUAGUGGCGCAAACAAAUCAAGCGCCACCACCCUAUUAUCCAACCGGUAGUCUGGAUAGCAGCAAAUCACGAGAUUCGCAUGCGAUGGAGCUAACACUCACAGCUGUGCAGGAUAACGAGGAACAACUGCAUCAGCAGCAGCAACAGCAACACCAGAAAUCCGCCGCCACUGUAGCGGGCAUGACAGUCUAUGGCUCGCAGAAUGGUUAUGGCUAUCAUGUCACAUCGACGCUUGGCAGUGGUGGUGGAGGCGGCGGCAGCAGUGUUGGCAGUGAUGCGGAUAGCUACCAAGUGACGCCAUUAGCGCACUCGGCCAUGGCGGGGCGCAACGAGUGGUCCACAGGCCUGCACUAUCCGUCAGCCGAAAAUAAUUACUCCACCAAGUCGAACAGCAUCUGCAGCAGUCUAGCCAGCGCGCAGGAUACAUUGUGGCGUGUGAAAAUGGCUGCCGCACAACAGCACUCCUCCGCCGCGGUGGCAGCGGCGGCGGCGGCGGCAGCAGCUGGCGCACAAAUCUACAUCGAACAGCCGCCCGGUUCGAUAGCGUAUGGCACUUGUCUGGAUCCGCUGACGCAAUGCGUCGUCGACUAUGUCGGAUAUCCGGUGCCACCGCCACCGCAUAUAACGCAAGCAUCCGCCGUCGCCGCCGCAACGGUGGCAACGUCGACGGCUGGCACUUGUGGCAAUGGCAUUCCGCACGAUUUUUCAAGCUCCGGCAGCAGUCAAAGUCCUUGCGCGCCCACCAACAGCGGGUUGAGUGUCGUCAGCCAAACCGCCGCUUUAGGCGAGAGCGGUCAGCGGCAGGAGUAUGUGGCGGAGCUGCAACAGUUGCACGAGCAGCAACUACAGCACCAACAGUAUCAGCAUCAGUUGCAGCAACAGCAUCAGCAACAGCUGCAAUCACCGCCACAGCCGCCACAACGUUUUGGCACAUUGAAAAAGUCGCGUCAGCAACAACAGCAGCAACAGCAGCGCAUGGAGCAGCAGUUAGCGGACAUCAUACAGGAUUUAGCUAAUUAAUUAAAUCAAAUAAGGAGUAAAAUAACAACAACAACAAACAAAGCAACUGAUAUUAAAUUUUUUAUAUAUGUGGUAAGCUUAGGGGUAGU